UCGAAUGACAGGGUAGAAUGAAAAUGAGGCGGACGCUUGGUGAUCUCCUCAGUGCAAACGCGUCCUUUCGAAGAGACCUCUAGACUUGGAUCAUAUCACCAUGGGAGCUGUUUGUAUUGCAGGGCACUUUUGUUUGUUUUUGCUCUUGUUAAAUACCCGCCAAAGCACCGCACUUGCAGAGAAUCGAGAUGCAGAUCAGUGUGCCGAAGGAAGCGAUGGCUGUCACAUUGAUGCUAUUUGUCAAAAUACUCCUGCGUCUUACAAGUGCACGUGUAAAACAGGCUUUAAAGGGGACGGCAAACAGUGCGAAGACAUUGAUGAAUGCGAUAUCGAGUACAAUGGUGGCUGUGUACACGAAUGUAACAACAUACCAGGCAAUUAUCGCUGCACUUGCCACGAUGGAUUCAUGUUAGCACAUGAUGGACAUAAUUGUCUAGACGUUGAUGAGUGUUCCCUCAACAAUGGCGGAUGUCAGCAUGUGUGUGUCAACACCAUGGGCAGCUACGAGUGCCGCUGCAAGGACGGAUUCUUCCUCAGCGACAAUCAGCACACCUGCAUCCACCGCUCUGAAGAGGGUCUAAGCUGCAUGAACAAGGAGCAUGGCUGCGCUCACAUCUGCAAGGAGACGCCCAAAGGAGGCGUGGCCUGUGAGUGCAGACCCGGGUUCGAGCUUGCAAAGAACCAGCGAGGCUGCACCUUGACCUGUAACCAUGGUAACGGCGGGUGCCAGCACCUGUGUGAUGACACGGAGCACGGGCCCAUAUGCAGGUGUCACACGAGAUACACGCUACAUGCAGACGGGAGGUCCUGUGUAGAGAGGGACGAGGCUUCUGCGGAGACUCCAGAUCACAACUCCACAUCGCUCGCAGAGGUCGACAAGCGGGUCAAGCGCCGGCUGCUCAUGGAGACCUGUGCUGUGAAUAAUGGGGGCUGUGACUGCACCUGUAAGGACACGUCCACUGGGGUCCACUGCAGCUGUCCCGUGGGCUUCACCCUGCAGCCUGAUGGCAAGGCCUGCAAAGACAUUGACGAGUGCCACGUCCACAACGGCGGCUGUGACCACUUCUGCCGGAACACCAUCGGCAGCUUCGAAUGCAGCUGCAGGAAAGGCUUCAAGCUCCUGACGGACGAGCGGUCCUGCCAGGAUGUUGACGAGUGCUUCUUUGAGAGGACGUGCGACCACAUGUGCGUGAACUCUCCGGGGAGCUUCCAGUGCAUGUGCAACAGAGGCUACACGCUGUACGGCCUGGCUCACUGUGGAGAUGUGGACGAGUGCAGCAUGAACAACGGUGGGUGUGAGCACAGCUGUGAGAACACCAUGGGAGGGUUCGAGUGCCACUGCAACGCCGGCUUCAAGCUGCACUGGAACAAGAAGGAUUGCGUCGAAGCCGCGGAGCAGCCCGCCAAAGCCACCCUCAACUGCAGCAGGCAGGAGGGGGGUGACCAGUGCUUCCUGACCUGCCAGUCUCAGGUGCACAUCAGCAGCGGCGGGAACGAGGAUUCCUACACGGUGACCUGUGGAAUGCCCCUCCUCUGCUUCAGUGGAAGACAAAAAAACGAGAGCAGCUCCUACUGCUUGGGCGCAGAUGUGACAAGCGCGCCGUGGAUUAAGACUUCUGCUACUUUCAAGUCCGGCACAGGGAAGUGCAAUUUGAAAAGGAGCCAGGAGACGCUGAAGGAGGGCUUGAACGCUGCUCUGUCAGACAGGAAGCUGCCCUUCACGGAGAACGUGCAGUUCAGCUUCGUCAGUCUGCGCUGCAGCUCCAGCGGCCGCCGGCCGCGCAGUCGACUGGGCAGGAAGGCGGGGGAGGAGGAGGGGUCCUCCAUCACUGCCGAAUUCCAGCUGGAUGUCAGCCUAGAGGAGGUAACAGAGAGCUGUGACUUGGGCUGCGUGCGGCGGCGGUCGGAGAAGCGGCUCCGCAAGACGAUCCGGACGCUCCGCAAGUCCAUCAACCGCGAGCAGUUCCACCUGCGCUUCGCCGGCUCCGAGUACGAGCUGGCCAAGAAGAUGACCCGGCCGGCAGAGAGCCCCGAGCACUGCGGCGCCGGCCAGGUCCUGCUGGACAAGAAGUGCGUGAGCUGCAGUGCUGGCACCCAUUACGAUGGGGAGCAGGGCCGCUGUAUCCUGUGCCAGCCCGGGACGUACCAGGAUGAGGAGGGGCAGGUGUCCUGUGAGGCCUGCCCCGGGCCGGAGGUGCUGGGGAGCCCCAGGACCAUAGGGGCCCGGAACAUCUCCGAGUGUGGAGGUCAGUGCCCUCCGGGUCAGUACUCCCUGGAUGGCUUCGUCCCCUGCCUGCCCUGUCCUCUGGGCUCGUACCAGCCCGACUCCGGCCGCACUUCCUGUUUUCCCUGUGGGGGAAACCUCAUCACCAAGCACAUUGGGGCCACCUCUUUCCAGGACUGUGAGACCAAAGUGCAGUGCUCCCCUGGACACUACUACAACACCAGCACCCACCGCUGCAUCCGCUGCCCCAUGGGGAGCUAUCAGGGGGAGUUCGGCCAGAACUACUGCAUGGCCUGCCCAGGGAACACCACCACAGACUUUGACGGUUCCACCAGCAUCAUGCAGUGCAAAAACCGACACUGUGGAGGCGAGCUGGGAGAUUUCACCGGCUAUAUCGAGUCACCCAACUACCCCGGGAAUUACCCCGCCAACAUCGAGUGCACCUGGACCAUCAACCCCCCGCCCAAGAGACGAAUCCUCAUCGUGGUUCCCGAGAUAUUCCUUCCCAUUGAGGAUGAGUGUGGAGACUACCUGGUCAUGAGGAAGAGCUCUUUUCCAAACUCAGUAACGACCUACGAAACGUGUCAGACAUAUGAACGGCCCAUUGCUUUCACAUCUCGCUCCAGGAGACUGUGGAUCCAGUUCAAGUCUAAUGAGGGAAACAGUGCACGGGGCUUCCAGGUGCCCUACGUUACGUAUGAUGAGGAUUAUGAAGAACUGAUAGAAGAUAUAGUGAGAGAUGGAAGACUGUAUGCAUCUGAAAACCAUCAGGAAAUUCUGAAGGACAAGAAGCUGAUGAGGGCCCUGUUCGAUGUUCUGGCUCAUCCGCAGAACUUUUUCAACUACACGGCCCAGGAGUCCAGAGAAAUGUUCCCCAAAUCAUUCAUCCGGUUCCUGCGCUCUAAGGUGCUGAGGUUCCUGCGGCCAUAGGAGACUCAUCACAGGGGGAAUGGAUUGUGAUCACCUCCCGUAUCACUGCCUGUGGGCUGUAUGCCCUUUGACACGGAAACAUCGUAAUAGUUCAAAUCGGGAAAAACUGUCCUGUCUUUUCUUAAUAGCCUCCCUCUGUCUCCCUCUGUUGACCAAGGCCAGUAGGGAAGACAGGCCAUUUGAGAGUCAAUAGUUCUGCUCUGGCUCCCCAAAGAGAGGAAAUAUUCACCUUCUCACCCAUAGGAUCAUUCCUUCUGGACAACUUUAACUGGACGUUUUUUGAGCUCAUUGGUAUGUGUGAGAGGACAGGGGAUGGCAUUUGUGUCUCCUCUAACACUGGGACCAGGUCCUGCACUGUUACUCAGCACAGUUAAAUUAUGUCAAUCAUUUCUGAGUCAGGCCUUGAGUCAGUCUUGAUUCAGUCUAACCACAGCAUAAUGUGGCUUUGAGCAUAAUUCUAAGUAUUUCUGCAGAACAUUCUUAAUGUUAAUGCUUAACUCGUUUUGUUGUGCAAGUACUGGAAAUGAGUUCAAUUUUCCUAUGAAAUCCAUUGCCAUUAUAGUUUGUCUGACUUGAUUUUUUUAAUUUGUGGACUGAAAAAAAAAGCUUUUUCUCUUUUUCACAAUAAAAGACCAAUAUGAAAAGUGAGAUUCAGAACAUGCUAUCAUGAUAACUUGGACAUCAUAACAAACAAUCUCACAUUCUCUCUCUUUUUUAGAAGUCUGUGGUUUUGGUCACAGUACUUAAUACUGGAGAAAGCUAAGACUCUUCUGACCCUUUGUGAUACAACAUUGUGUAAUUUUCCUUUCCAGAGAAAUGUGAAACUGUGCAUCAUCACUUCAUGUUACUCAUUAAAUAAGAUGUUUCUUGUUUGUUUUUAUUACAAAAUCAGAUAAACAAUUUAGAAACAUUGUAUAUAAAGAAAAUAUGUUUCACUGCUGGGAAGCAAUUGUGAUGCCUCAAUGGGGGCUGAGAAUGAGAUAUAUAAACAGCACAAGUGUUACAGGGGUACCUUACCAGACGCUACAAGAAAAGUAGUGACUCAGAUAAAGCAAUUAUCUUUUAUGAAUGUCUUGUAUAUUAUGUAAAAAAAGAAAUUAGACACAAAAGACAAUGUAUUCUAGUUCUGCAUUCUGUGGUGACUGUUUGGAUUUAGGUGCAUAUGUAUUUUGAGACAUUCGUCCCUACUGUGCCCUCUGAAAGCAAACAAGGCCUUCUUGUGAAUUUAGGGUGGUGCAACUGUGGUGUAAUCAGACAGAAACUGAUUCUGAAUGAAUAUGACAUGUUUGAUCAGGCAGCCAGUAUACACAUGUAUCUGUUCUCCAUGGCAACUGUAAAGAAUUCCACAGGCUUCAGUCUCUUCAAACUGUGACGUAAGCAGAGUAGUCGUAAAUUUGGAAGUUACAGACUCUGGUCAUUCUGUAACUUUAAA